CUACCGUGAGUUGCUAAUUUGGAUUUCUUGUAGUGUAUUAGGAAGAAAGUUAAAUAUCACGUUAAACAAUAAAGAAUCUAUAAAAUAAUAUCUGGUAAUCAUGGCUGUCAAUGUUUAUGCGACAAAUGUAACAACUGAAAACCUCAGUCGUCACGACAUGCUGGCUUGGGUUAAUGAUUGUCUACAAUCAUCAUUCCUUAAGAUUGAAGAACUUUGUACAGGUGCAGCAUAUUGUCAAUUCAUGGAUAUGUUGUUUCCUGGUUCAGUACCAUUGAAAAGAGUUAAAUUCAAGACAAAUUUGGAACAUGAAUAUAUUCAAAACUUCAAAUUACUUCAAGGAGGAUUCAAAAAAAUGAAUGUUGAAAAGGCUGUACCAAUAGAUAAGCUGGUCAAGAGCAGGUUUCAGGACAACUUUGAGUUUUUACAAUGGUUCAAGAAAUUCUUUGAUGCAAAUUAUUCGGGGACAGAUGUGUAUGAUGCUCUAGCUAUGCGAGGAGGUGAACCAAUGGGUAGUGGUGUUGGAUUGGUAAAGAGAGCUACCUCAGUGCCAUCUAAGCCAACUACUAGGGCCGAACAAUUCAUCAUAGGUGAAGGACUACCAUCUUCGGUCCAAGUACCUGCAAAAACUGUUCAAAAGACUAUAGGUAAAGUUCAGUCAAACCGUGCACAACCGAAAAUUGGUCUUGGAAAUCGUGGAGACACAGGAAAAAUUGAUGAACUUAGUUCUCGGAUAAUGGAAUUAAAAAUGACUGUCGAUGGCUUAGAAAAGGAAAGAGAUUUCUACUUUGGAAAAUUAAGAGAUAUUGAAGUUAUGUGCCAAGAAUGCGAUAAUAGUCAAAGUACUUCAAUUAUACAAAAAAUUUUAGAAGUCCUUUAUGCAACUGAGGAUGGUUUUGCACCUCCAGAAGAAAUUGAAGGAGACGACCAUGAAGAUGAUAAAUAUUAACUGAAUCAAUUUUUAUGAUUCAAAUAAGAGUUAAAGUGGAGCGAUAGAGUCAAGUCUGUUUAAAAUCAAUAUUGAUGCAUGAAACAUUACUAUGCUAAUUGAGAAAUCGUUCAAUGUUUGCACACUUUUUCCUUUACUUCAUUAUAUUUUGAUAAAUCAGUGAAAUGUAUGUUUAAAACAUAGGUAUAUUACCAAUAAAUCAGGCAAUAAAAGUUUGUCUCAACUUCAGAAACAAGAAAAUAUAUUUAUUAGUACAAAUUGUUAGAUAUACCAUUCAAAUAAUUACUUAAAACGAAAAUUACAUGCAUGACAACUUUAUUAAUGUGAUUAUGAAUCUGUUUUUUCUAAUUCUAAUAUUUUUACAUGUGGAUAGUCUUUUUAACACAUACCUACGUUAUACUAUUCCAAUUAAAUCAUGUAAAAUAAACUUUUUAAUU